AUGACCAGCAUCACCAAAGGCUCUACUAAGAAGACGCGAUUGCUCGAUGAAGGAGUCGGCAAAUACAUCUGUUGCAGCACUCUCGCUUUCUGGCGUCACUACUUACAACAUCAAAACUUCCUUCUAAAACGGCCUUUGCUGAGCCAAACGCGCACAGGCUCUGAGGGCCCCAGGCCCCAACUAGGCCAGUCUCGACAGGCCAUUCUUGAUUUGUCUGCGCAAGUUGGUUCCGGCCUCUUGGCUGGCUUGCCACGAACUGCUGAUUCCUCUCCCGCCUGGUUAAUGACAGGGCAUGCCAGUCCAGCUGAGGGCGACCAGCCGGCCACUAAAGACCCUGCAACCGGUGCUGAGAAGGCCACUGCAAGGCCUCCUGAUAGCUACGAUAUUAUAGGAAGGGGCUCCCAUCUCCGCAUGAAAGAACUUAAGACGAACUGUCCUAAAAAUGAGCCAUAUUCCUGCUAUCUGAAUCAUGCUAAACACUCCCCUUCUCGACAGCUUGAGCAUAGCCAUGCGCCAUACCACAGUCAUAAUCACUAUCAGCAGAAACAACAACUGACUCCGGAUCAGCGCCAUCGGCGAGAAGAAUCACAGAACUUCAUGCAUCAUACCCGUUCUUUACCCAAUUCUACGGAGCCGCCUGCAUCACCCGUUUCGCCACGCUCGCCUGCAAGGCCGGUUAUCACAGCUUCUUUGAAUGGUGGUAGUAGCAGCAGCUCAAGCUCUGUGGUUUUUGUCAGUGCCAGUGAUGUUUGUGAUGCCAGCCACAUCGACGCAGCCUACUCUCGUCAGGAUCAAGAGGACGAGGAGAUCUCAACAGAUGACGACCAUUUGACAGAAGAGGAACGCCUGCUUUUGCUGGAGACGAUCUACGGCGCCCUCUUUUCUCAUUUGUUCUGGGCGGUCUGGUGCCUGAUUCAGAGCCAAGUCUCCUGCAUUGAGUUUGGUUUUCUGGUACGCUGUCCUCCUCUCAUAUUCUACGAUCUUUUCCUUUUUCAUGGCUUAAUUUAA